UGCCAUGUGUUUUAUUAUGGAUUGAUUUGUGGACGAUUUGUGGACGAUUUGUGGAUUAGGCGAAUGCCGCGUCUGGAAUGGCUGUUCAUGAUGAUUGCAAGCUGCGGUUCCAGGAGUUAAAAGCCAAACGAAACUACCGAUUUGUCACCUUCAAGAUCGAGGACCAACAAGUGACCAUCGACAAGAUCGGCGGUCCCAACGAAACCUACGACGAUUUCACAAACUCUCUUCCCGUCAAUGAAUGUCGCUAUGCCGUCUUUGACUUCGACUUCACAACCGAUGAAAACGUUCAAAAAAGCAAGAUUUUCUUCAUUACAUGGUGUCCAGACACAUCAAAAGUGAGAAUGAAGAUGGUAUAUGCGAGUUCCAAAGACCGAUUCAAGCGAGAAUUGGAUGGUAUUCAGGUCGAGUUGCAAGCGACAGAUCCUAGCGAAAUGAGCCUCGACAUUGUAAAAUCACGCGCAAUUUAAUCUAACCGCUUGGUUUUAGUUUUGUUGUAAUUCAAAAAAACAAACAUACAUAAGUUAUUGUUACA